AUGUCAUUGGAUAUUCCUGUAAUCGCUUUUUACCCUUUUCUUAAUGGAACAGAUGAAGAUCGAGAAAAAAUCUCAUUAGAAAUAGAAAAACUAAGUCCCAAAGAUGAUCUUAAAGAAGGUUUCGAUUUAGUUAUGGAAUUACCAGCUGAUGAUAAAGAUCGAAUUGAACGGGGAGCUAUUUUAUAUGGACCUAAUUUUUGGCCCGAUAAUCUUCAUGGAUUUCGUGAAUGUAUUUAUAGUGAAUUUUAUUUAAAAAUGCUUUCUCUUGAAUGGAUUAAUGCUAAACCUAUACCAAAUACAUUUGUUGUUAAUAUUGGUGAUCUUAUGCAACGAUGGACAGAUGAUCAAUUUAAAUCAACUAUUCAUCGUGUUAUUAAUACAAGUGGAACAAUACGUUAUUCGAUUCCCGUCUUUUUUGGACCUAAUUAUUUUGCUGAAAUUAAAUCUUUAAUUAAUAAUGAAAAAGAAAAAUAUGAACCUAUUCUCGCUGGUGAAUAUUUAACACAAAGAUCCAAUGAUACUUAUCAAUAUAGACAAAACCAUACGUCUUCUACUUAA